AUGGCCACCAUUAACAAGAUAAAGAAGAAGCAGAAGAGGGCAUCCUGGAUCCAGGAGUCAUCCACGAAACUUUGUAGGAUGAACAUGGCCACAACUGACUGGUUCUCAGGAGCCAUGGAUAACACGGUCUAUGCUCAGUCUCAAAUUGCAAUGAACAACUACACAGAUGUGGUAGAGUUUGUCCUGCAGGGAUUUUCUGGGGGUCCUGUAUUCCAGGCUUGCUCCUUGGCCUUUUUCUCCAUUUUCUAUGUACUGGGUCUUGCAGCAAACACCCUCAUUAUCAUGGCUAUCAGCCUGAACUCAAGUCUUCACACCCCUAUGUACUUUUUCCUUGCAAACCUGGCCCUGUUGGACAUUUCCUGCACAUCCACUGUUCUUCCCAAGCUGUUGGAGGGUCUGGUGGGGAAGGGCAGCCACAUCUCCUAUAAGGGAUGCUUGACCCAGAUUUUCUUCCUAAUCUGGUUUCUGGGGGGUGAGCUACUGCUGCUCUCGGCCAUGGCCUAUGACCGCUAUGUGGCCAUCUGUCACCCACUGCACUACAGUAUGCUGAUGAGUCGGCCCGUCUGUGUCCUGCUGGCGGGCACUGUGUGGGUCAGCAGUGCAAUCAACACAUCCGUGCACACUGGCCUGAUGGCACGGCUCCAUUUCUGUGGCCCCAACCAAAUCCACCACUUUUUAUGCGAAAUCCCAACACUGCUACAGCUGUCUUGCAGCCCGACCACCCUCAACAACAUCAUGACUAUAAUAGCAGAUGCUUACUUUGGCAUAGUCAACUUUCUGUUUAUCAUGAUAUCUUACAGCUUCAUCAUUGCCAGCAUCCUACGCAUCCGCUCUGCAGAGGGCAAGAGGCGUGCUUUCUCCACCUGCUCUGCCCAUCUGGUCGUGGUUACCUUGUAUUACUCCACUGUCAUCUAUACCUAUGUACAGCCUGGCUCCGAAUCCUCCAGGGGAAAUAGCAAGGUGGUUUCCUUGUUGUACACAGCAGUCGGUCCUACCCUGAACCCCCUCAUUUACUCUCUGAGGAAUAAGGAUGUCAAAGUGGCCCUCAGGAAGGUGUUUCCCUGUGUUUGUUGA